AACCUCUGACUACACUUGAUUUUGAUCAAAUAUUUGCUUUCGUUUGCCGAAAACGUAGAUGACAAAGAUUUUGGAUUAAUUAUUUGCCUCAUUUUCGAUGCUGCAUCUAGAAGAUCUACACUCUAUAUACAAUUGAAGAUAGGAAUUGAUAAGAAGCAAGAAGCGAGUGGAAGUACAAGUGUCUGCGAAGUAUCUUCGAGACGAUGGAAUAACUUCUCAGAGUCCAAAAUGCAGUCUCCGUCAUUGUCAAUUGUGAAGUUUUUGGUGAAAUAUUGUGGUGCUGACUUAAGUUGUAAAGAUGAGUCAGGCAAAACUGCUUUACAUCAUGCUGUUGAUGUUGGUGAAAUAGACAUUGCCAAAUAUUUAGUUGAACAAUGUGGUGUUGAUGUAAAUGACAACGAUAAAGGCGGGUGGACAGCGUUGAACUAUGCUGUUACCAAAGGUAGGCUAGAAAUGGUAAAAUAUCUUAUAGAAAUGGGCGCUGAUGUAAAUGGAAGGGAUACUGGUGGGAGGACAGUGCUGCACUCUGCUGUUAAUGAAGGUAUACUAGAAACGGCAAAAUAUCUUGUUGAACAUGGGGCUGAUGUAAAUAGCAAGAAAACUAAGGGGUGGACAAUGCUGCACUAUGCUGUUACUAAGGAUACGCUAGAAAUAAUCAAUUAUCUUGUUGAACAUGGCGCUGAUGUAAAUGGCAAGGAUGCUGGCGGGAGGACAGUCCUGCACUCUGCUGUUACUGAAGGUACGCUAGAAAUAGUAAAAUAUCUUCUUGAACAUGGCGCGGAUGUAAAUAGCAAAAAAAUAACGGGUGGACAAUGCUGCACUCUGCUAUGA